AUGGAGAUCGAUAACACCAUCGAACCCAUUGUCAACUCUCCGAGUAUCCAACUUCCAGGGCUCCCAGCGCCAAAUCUAGACUCAUACGACAACCAUCGCGACGCGCACACACCCAUCGUCAUAGACAAUGGGUCUACAAAUCUUCGGUGGGGAUUUGGCACGUCCUCGAAGCCGUUUGCUGGCCCCAACGCGGUUGCCAAAUACAAAGAACGAAAGACGAACAAACCUCUGCUCUUGUUUGGCAAUGGCAUCGACGCAGAGAGUGGGGCGCGAGGACAGACGAGGACGCCAUGGGAAGGCGAUGUGUUGUUGAACUUUGAUGCAUUGGAAAAUGCAUUGGACUACGCCUUUAUUCGACUGGGAAUCGACACACCGACUGUCGACCAUCCCAUCCUGAUGACUGAGCGACUAUGCAGCCCACUUCAUUCCCGAGCGCUCACCUCUGAGCUCAUGUUUGAGCUCUAUUCCGUUCCAUCGGUAGCAUACUGCGUUGACGGAAUUAUGUCGUUCUAUCAAAACCACCUUCCUCCUCCUAGCCAACCCUUUUCAGCUAACGGGCUCGUUGUUUCAUUCAACACAGCGUCUACGUCAGUUAUACCAAUCCUCAGAGGGAAAGGUCUCUUGAGCCAAGCCAAACGAAUACCAUGGGGUGCUUCUCAAUCCUCCGAAUAUCUCCUGAAACUAAUUCAACUCAAGUACCCCACCUUCCCAACAAGGGUGACAAAUACUCAAACCAACUGGAUGCUGCAUAAUUUUUGCGAAGUAGCGACAGACUUUCCAGCGUUGCUGCAGAAGCUACGCGAUCCGCUGAACAUGACACAAUCAGGAGUAAUCGUGCAGUUCCCAUUUUUCUUGCCUAUUUUCGACGAAAAGACUGAAGAAGAGAUGCACCUUGCUGCGAAGAAACGCAGGGAACAGGGCUGGAGGCUGCAGGAGAUAGCUGCCAAGGCAAGGGCAGAAAAGCUUCUAAGGAAGGAGAACGACUUGCAAUUUCUUACCAACUUGAAAGAAAGCAAAGCCACGGAGACGAAGAAAGAGUGGAUGAGCAAACUACAAGCAGAAGGCCUUGAUGACGAAGCUGACCUGGACGAAGCUAUCAAGAAGCUGGACAACGAUGUCAAAAAAGCGCGAAGAAGAGACGAAGGGGAGCCCGAUUGGAAACCCCAAGAGGAACCAUCCUUUCCCCUUCUCGAUGUUCCCGACUCAGAGCUCAAUGAAGAAAGUUUGAAAGAGAAAAAAAAACAGCGACUUCUUAAAGCCGGUUUUGAGGCCCGAGCGCGUGCCAGGAAAGAAAAAGAACGCCAACGCGAAGAGCAGGAACGCGAAGAGAAGAAGGAAGAGGAUGAGCGAAAGGCGGAUCUGGGCGGUUGGUCGAGAAGGAUGCGACAGGAGCAAGAAGCACGUAACCAAUGCUCCCCUUAUGAACUAAUGGCCAAAAUCAAAGAUCGUGCUCGUCGGAAGGCAGCUCUGACGGACCGGAAGAGUGCAGCUGCUCAGGCGAGGAUGAAAAAUAUUGCAUCGCUGGCUUCAGAUGAUCGUGUUCCUAAUGCCAAAAAGCGGAAAGGAAACGGUGAGGACAUGUUCGGUGCAGAUGACGCAGACUGGGCGAUCUAUCGCAAAAUCAAUACUGCAGCACCAUCUUCUGACGAAGAUGAUGACCUAGCGCAACUAGCAUUUGUUGAGAAAAAAUUGUUAAAACAUGAUCCAACAUUCACGAAGAAGCAAACACACGCCUUCUUGUCUACCCAACGAUCUGCCCUCAUAUCUGCCUUCCGACCUUCAUACGAGGAGACUAGUAUAGAGGGCAACUCACGAAUACACCUUAAUACUGAGCGAUGGAGAGUCUGUGAAGCCUACUUCCAUCCAGGGAUGGCAGGCGUAGACUCAGCAGGUCUCACUGAAGUCAUCCAAAAUCUGAUCCCUUCAUUCAUCCCGUCGAGAUCGAGUAACAAGCCUUUGGACUACGAAGCUGAUCGAGCACAGGUCGUUCAGAACGUCUUUCUGACAGGCUCGGCGUGCAAAUUCCCCGGGAUGGUGGAGCGUUUAGAGUCGGCUUUGAGGUCUUUAUUGCCACCCGGUUCGCCUGUCAAUGUUGUUCGCGCCGGCGACCCUGAAUUAGACGCCUGGAAAGGGAUGGCUGCGUUCAGUCAGACAGCGGAGUUCGCCAAAGUGGGCAUGACGAAGAAGGAAUACGAAGAAUAUGGCGGAGAGCGUAUCAGAAAGUGGUGGGGUGGUAACUGGAACAGUGCUAUUUCUGACCCAGUUGCUGCUGAAGAUGAUAAGAUGCAAGUGGAUUGA